GAUGCUGUUGGGUGGGGCAAGGGACGGAGAAGGCAUUCAAGGCUCGAUCUCUACUUGAUGACUAUGCCCUCUGUUUCUUGACCCUUUAUUUUUCUUCUCAAUGGAGGUUCAAGAGAUGGAAGGCGAGAGUGAAAGUCAUAUGACAUCAGCUGCAGCCUUUGUUGAAGGGGGGAUUCAAGAAUCCUGUGAUGAUGCUUGCAGCAUAUGCCUUGAGGAGUUUUGUGAAAGUGAUCCUUCAACGGUCACUACUUGCAAGCACGAGUUUCACCUGCAGUGCAUUCUUGAAUGGUGUCAGAGAAGCUCCCAGUGUCCUAUGUGUUGGCAACCUAUAAGCUUGAAGGAUCCUACCAGUCAGGAAUUGUUUGAGGCAGUAGAACAGGAGAGGAAAUUGAGGGUUACCCCAUCAAGAAAUGCUGCUAUUUUUCGUCACCCUGCCCUCGGUGAUUUUGAAUUGCAGCACUUACGCAUGGGUGUAAAUGAUGCUGAUUUUGAAGAGAGAAUAAUUCAACAUUUAGCUGCUGCUGCUGCAAUGGGGAGAACACACCACCUUGGUCGGAGGGAAGGGCAUCGAACUCGGUCAUCUGGUCAUGGCCAUCCACACUUCUUAGUAUUCUCAACUCAGCCUAUUGCACCUUCAUCAGGUCCUGAUUCAGCUGCUGGACGGGGAAAUGAACCAGCUGCAAUUCCUACGGGAAGUCCAUCUACCCCAAUAACAUCUGAUGGAGAUGAACCAUCACAGCAGAUCCCUCAUCUUCAGCCUCUAAGUUCUUCUUCAUCUUCUGGAUCUACUUUCAUGGCAACAAAUCACCUAGGAAUCAACUCUAAGGAUAGAGGCUCUAUUGCUCAUUCUUCAUCAGCAAACCAAGAUAGAGCAGGGCCAUCAGAAUUACAGUCAUUUUCUGAUUCUCUGCGGUCAAGACUUAAUGCAAUGUCCAUGAGAUACAAAGAGUCAAUUUCAAAGGGCGCAAGGGGAUGGAAGGAGAGGCUGUUCUCUCGUAGUUCUUCCAUGUCAGAACUUGCCCCGGAAGCUAGGGGAGAGGUGAAUGCUGGAAUUACUAGUGUAUCCCGAUUGAUGGAAUCCCUUGAAAUUAGAGAAAAUAAUAGAGCUGUGGAUACUUCUUUGUCAAAUCAUUUGGAGGAUUGUAACAAUGCAGAGGCGAGCAACCAGAACAAUGUUGAAGCUAGUGGAGAAAACUCUUCACGUAAUGAUAAUACUCGAGCUGCUUGUUCUGCUGGCUCACAUUCAAAUUGAGUUCUGUUUCGUUUCUGUUAAUGCAUCUUUCCUCAGCAUCUCAUAUUUGAAGGCUAAAUAUUUCUCCAGAUAUGACAUGCUGAGGAGAAGAUGCUUUGGAAACAGUCCUGUCAGUUAUGUUCUGGUUUGCAAUAAAAAUCUAGCAUCUGAAUGUGCUUAAAGCUGAAAAUUGUUGUUUUUAUGUAUAUAUUAUGCCGGGAACAGUGAAGAGUUGUACGUAUUUAACGUGUCUGGAUCCACAGGUUUUUGAACCGGGACGUACUCUGGACAUAAAUGUACCCGUGGGAGAAAAUGCUUUUGAAAUUCAGUGGAACUUAUGCCCUUGAUUCGUCCUGAUAAUUUUAAUUUUUGGAAUAAAUAGAAAUAGAUAUAGAUGAAGGUGGCAACUACAACUAGAAUAGAUGCUGUUUCUGCAAUAUUUUUACUUUGGUUAUU